AUGGCUUGGAUACGCCAGCAUAACCUUCCCGCACUCCGGUCAUACAAGUACUCUGGUGUCGACCACUCGUUGGUCAGUCGCUAUAUCCUCAAGCCAUUCUAUACCAACUUUGUGAUCCGAUUGUUCCCCAGGAGUAUGGCACCCAACGCCAUUACUCUUACCGGCUUCCUCUUUGUCGUCGUGAACUUUCUCACCAUGCUUUAUUUUAAUCCAACUCUCGAUCGGGAUUGUCCACCUUGGGUAUAUGCUAGCUGGGCUCUCGGCUUGUGGUUGUACCAGACAUUUGACGCCAUCGACGGCAUGCAGGCGCGUCGUACCAAGCAGAGUGGUCCAUUGGGCGAGCUCUUUGAUCAUGGUGUCGAUGCCUGCAAUACGGUCUUGGGUGUUUUGAUUUUUGCGGCUGCGAUGAAUCUUGGUCAGAGCUGGGCAACUGUCUUGACGUUGUUCGGAUCGAUGAUGACUUUCUAUGUCCAGACUUGGGACGAGUACUAUACCCAUGUGUUGACCUUGGGAAUUGUGUCCGGCCCGGUCGAGGGCGUAUUAACUCUCUGUGUUGUCUUUGCCUUUACUGCCUACAUGGGCGGUGCUAGCUUCUGGCAUCGUUCCAUGUUCGAAACGAUCGGCAUUCCCAAGUCUGACAUGAUUCCGGAGAACAUUUACAACAUGCCCUUUACCUCUUGGUACAUGGUUUAUGGCGCCGUCGUGCUUUUUUUUGCCACUGGCUCCAGCAUUGCAAACGUCAUCAGUGUCCGACGUCAGCGAGGGCAGGAUCCAUUCAAACCAUUGACUGGUCUCCUUCCUCUAGUUGCGAUGUGGAUCUUGACCCCAGUCUAUCUAUAUCUGCAGCCGACUAUUCUGGAGAACCAUCUCGUUCCUUUCGUGCUGUACGUGGGGAUCAUGAAUGCCUACGCCGUGGGCCAGAUCAUCAUCGCCCAUCUUCUCAAGACGGACUUUCCCAUGAAUAACGCCCUCCUUUAUCCGCUCGCAUUCGGUGUUAUUGACAGUCUCGGCCCUCAUCUUGAUCUCUGGCCAAGCCUCCUUGGCGAUGGCGUCUACCAGGUUGCAUUUGUUUUCACGGCCCUCGGCGUCGCUAUUGGGGUAUAUGCCAGUUUUGUGCACCCCUAUGUUGAGGAGAAAGAUCAUGCCAAUGGCAUUAAUGGACUCAAACAUGCUAACAGCUCCAAUGCUACCACCAAAAAGUUUAAUAAGGCAGUGAACUAA